UAAGGCUAAUUCACUGUUAGUUGCUAACAACAAUCGCAGCAAAUAGAAAAUGGCAUUAAGAGCCGCCGUACUUCGCCAACUUCGGCUCCCCGUCCAAACCCUACCGGCGAUCGGAUCAAGGCCUCAGUCCCAAUGGAGUUUCCUCCGGUUGUUCUCAUCGCACGACGAUCACCUUACUAAAGAAGAAGUAAUCGACAGAGUCCUCGACGUUGUCAAAACCUUCCCCAAAGUCGACCCUUCCAAGGUGACACCUGAUGUUCAUUUCCAGAAAGAUUUGGGGUUAGAUAGCUUGGACAAUGUGGAGAUUGUCAUGGCUUUAGAGGAAGAGUUCAAGCUGGAAAUUCCAGAUAAGGAGGCCGACAAAAUUGACUCUUGCAACCUUGCUAUCGAGUACAUAUAUAAUCAUCCAAUGGCUGGUUAAUAGUAAUGAUGUUUGUUUCUUGUUUGAAUUUUAUUUCGGACGAAGGAUGACAUCUCCUGCUCUGUUUUUGUUCAACAUUUAGGCGUUUGUACGAGUUUACCGUCAUAACGAGGUUAAGACCAAUGAUCUGAAUCUGUGUUUGGUGCAGUACUACCUAAACUUGUUUAUACACCAAACAACAACAGAUUUCAGUUUGCAAUAAACAUCUUGCAUUGCAUGGAUGUUA